UCACCCGGAAGCGGAGGCCAGGGGGCGGAGCCCGGCAGAAGAUGGCGUUUCUGCGUUGUAGACGGGAUCCCUGCGGUGUUAUCUGUCUGAUUUUAACUUAUUUCUCCGUCUUUUACGCGGACUACGUGGUCAUACAGUAUGUCCUCAUCCCCGCCUACUCCGGGAGUGUGUGGUGUACGCUCCACGGCUCCGUCUUCAACCUGAUCCUGCUGCUGCUGCUGGCCUGCCACUCCAAAGCCGUCUUCUCAGAUCCUGGUAUGGUUCCUCUCCCUGAAACAGCCAUCGACUUCUCAGACCUUCGAUCUCAGUCGACUCGGAUGAAUGAACGGGGCUGUGAGGGAUGGACGGUGUGCAGUCGCUGUGAAACCUACAGACCUCCCAGAGCUCACCACUGCAGAGUCUGCCAGAGAUGCAUCCGUCGCAUGGACCACCACUGUCCCUGGAUCAAUAACUGCGUCGGGGAGCUGAACCAGAAGUAUUUCAUCCAGUUUCUCUUCUACACCGGGAUGGCCAGUCUCUACUCCAUGGUUCUGGUGGUGUCGGCCUGGAUCUGGAGGAUCAGGAGUGAAAGAGAAGGAGACGCAGAGAAAGAAGGAGAGGAGUCGCCCAGCAAACACCUCAUCGUGGCUCAUUACAUCAUCCUGCUGGUGGAGUCGGUGCUGUUCGGUGUGUUUGUGAUGGUCAUCUUCUACGAUCAGCUGGUCUCCAUCAUCACAGACGAGACGCCCAUCGAACAGAUGAGGAACCGGCUGAUGAUCAAAGACCGGGGAUCCUCGUCUUCGUCCUCCUCUUCCUCCUCACAGCUGCCCCAUCACCAUCCUCCUCACACCAGGAAGCCCAAGCUGGCUCUGCUGAGGGAGGUGUUCGGACGAGGCUCGGUGUUCUGCUGGCUGCUUCCUCUCCACUCCAGUCCUCCAUCAGUCGGAGGCGUCUCCUACUCUGCUCUACCUGACUACGACGUCUGAGGACGGAGGUGAAGGUGUGGAUGUGAGGGGGAAUUAUCUGCCCAAAACGAUGUCUUAUCUCUGGACCUGAGUAGAGGACGGAGGACGAACGGUGAAUGAAUGAAUGAGUGAACAGAUGAAGUGUUUUCUUUCCAGGACCUACACCAGAAGCUGCAGAUUGAUGAUUUGGUGAAUCUAAAUGUGAGUCGAUCCUCUGUGGACGCUGACGUUUGACUGAUGUGUCUUUUACAUAUUUUAUUACAUUAUCCAGACCAUAAUAGUCACAGAGAAAACCACUAAAACAUCCAGAAAAUGCAACACGUCGUCUCUGAGAAUUAGAUUAAGUGAGACCCACAGUCCUUAUUUGUCCUUUAAGCUCUGAACUCCAAGCAGCUGUUUGUUUGUUUUUCACUGUAGGUUAAUUUUUAUCUCGACAAAAUUAAGACACAAAACGACAAAAGCGUGACAUAAAAGGACAAAAACAAGCCUUAAAAUGAUAAAAACAGUACAUGAAACGACAAAAACGAAACAGAAAACAACAAAAACAAGACAAAAUGACAAUUUUAUACGAUCGAUUUUAUAUAAAAUCACAGUUUUUAAAAUAGUUUAUUGCUGAUAAAUGGAGUAAUUUUGUGGUUCUUUGUCUUUUAAUUUAAAUAUCUGUUGUCUUCAAAAGCUGCCGGAUGGUUUUUGGGGUUCAGAGGUUUAAAGAAUAAACUAAGAAAGCAGAUUUUAAUAUGAACGUUUUAAAAUCAGGAGGAAAAAAGCCCAAAACAGCAACAACACAAAGACAGAUGUGACUUUAUCCUCUUUAAAGUCCUAUUUUCCAUCUCAGUCAAACCCGGUGCUUUCUGGAACGUCUGAAUCUGACCUGACCUCCUGGUUGUUGAACUGUGGAAGCAAACUCUGCCUGGAAAUGAGUUUAUCACUAAUUUUAUUUGCUUUAUUAUUAUUAUUUACAAGAUGACAGAAAUUCUUUGCUUAGUUCUGGAUCCCUGUCGAGUCGCAGCUUUAAAUAGCCGCUCCAAAUGUUGAUGUUUUUACAGUGAAUGUGGAUUUCAGAUGUUUUUAACGAAGCUUAGUGAACUCACAGGUACCAAACAGGUCAAGCUUUAAAUUGAUGUCUGUUUUUUUAAACAUUUUUGAUCACGUGAAGCACGGCAGACUUUAUGGCCAAAACCAUGUGGACACCUGAAUGUUACACCGCUGUGUCCUCGCGUUAUUAGAGUUGGAUUUUCAGAUGUUCAGAGACCAGUGGAAUAUUUUCACACCAGACAGGGAACCAGUUCAUUACAAAUCCUGCUUUUGUCGUUUUAAAACUGGAAAUGACAUCAAGUCCAGUUUAAACCGUUAAUAACAGCCUGAGACUGAGCGUCCACAGACUUUUGGCCACAUAGUUUAUUAGUGCAGUUACAUUAAACUGAACACCAAAAAUAAAUUAUGUAGGGCAGUUUUAUCCUUUUAUUUAUUUUUGUUCACUUUAAUAUCAGUAAAUAUUCCAACGUUAAUAUUAUUUAAUUGAUCAAACAGGAACUAAUGAGCUGGUUUAACAGGACGUAAAAAGCAAACAGGGAAAACUUCUUUAUUGUGUGUUUUCCUCCUUCAUUUCUAUGUUCAUCUGAAGUACAGAGACGUGUUACAGAUUUACAAAUACUUCUAUAUUUACACAAACAGGUGCAAUUUCAAAGGUGAAAGGGGAACGCAGAGUGUUGUUUACUGACUCUUAAAGUCUAUUUUUGAUCUGGGAUGAAGUUGUGUUUUGUCAGUUCUUAACUUAUUUAUUGUUUCUAACAAUUUGUGGAGUUUUAUGUGACGGUGGAGCUGCCUUUGAACAAGCUGCUGCUUCUUUACAGACGUAUUUUAGCUUCAAACAGCCAAAUAAUUUACAACCAGGUCUAUUAAUCUCUCUGUGCUCAUCACUGGAAGACCCUGGCUAACUGCUAGCAUGGCUAGGCUAGCAAAUAGCAACUCUAGCCAAGUCACAAGUAUUCUUCAGUAAGUCAUUAGCAUCCUUAGGCUAGCCUCUGGUAAUCCUGGGCUAGGCUUAAAAGUCACUGACAUCCCUACUCCAGCCUUUAGCACCACUAGGCUAGCCACUAGCAUCUCUAGCCAAGUCACAAGUAUUCCAAGUUUCACCAUUAGCAUCUCUAGGCUAGCCAUUAGCAUUCCUUAGCAAGUCAUUAGCAUCCAUAGUCUAGCCACUUGUAAUCCUGGGCUCGGCUUAUAGAGUCACUGGCAUUAGCCUUUAGCACUACUGGGCUAGCCACUAGCAUUCCUAGAUUUGAGACUGGCAUUCCUGGGCUACUAGUAUUGCUAGGCUAGAAAUAGGCUAGCAACUAGCAUCCCUAGGUUGGAGACUAGAAUUCUGAGGUUAUCCACUAAUAUUCCUUGUCUAAAAAUAGGCUAGCAACUACCAUCCCUAGGUUUGUCACUAGCAGUGUUAUGCUAAUGGAUUAUAUAGCUAGUCUAAGCUAGGGUAGCAACAAGAAUAUUUAGGCUAGUCAUUAGCAUUUUGAGGCUAGUCACUAGUACUCUGAGGUUCUGCUAGAAUAGUCAUUAGCACUCCUAGACAAGUUAUUAGCAUUCCUACGCUAGCAAUAGACUACUAACUAGCAUCCUGAGGCUAAUGACCAGUAUUUCUAGGCUUGGCGAAGCUAAAAAUAAUAUUUCUUUGGCCCGUCACUUGGUUUCCAAACGUGGCGACUAGCCGAGGGGUUGUAACUUUGCUUUUACUGUGAAUUACUGCAUAUUUUUACAUCUUUGUACGGGUGAAGACAAGUAAAGGCCUUUUCUUGUAACUAUGAUUAAUUCAGAAGGUAUUUUACAAGCUAAUAUCUUAAAAAAUGUCAAGUCUGAAUCUGUAACCAGUGACCAAAGCUAAAACAAACCACAAGUACCUCUGAAAUGUAAAGUGUAAUAGAGAAACUAAAACUUUUACUUUGAAAAUCUCAGAGCUCAGCUCAAAGGCGGCUUCACCCUCUGUGUGUUUUUAUGACUGUAAAUAAUUAUUCUGAAUCCUAACCUGAGCUGCACACCAGUUUCAGAGGCACAAGGGAACAUGAUGCUUCAGAUGAUCUAUUUUAACAAACGUCCUCAGAUGUUUGGAUCAGAACCAGAAUUAGUUUCCUCUGAAAAGUCUUGAAUCAUUGCUUCGGUCACAUGGAGCGGUCUGCCUUUUUUAUUCAACAUGUUUUUAGAUACUAAACACUCUUUCAGCUUCGAACAUUUUUACCAGAAAAAACAUUAAUAUCAAGUUUGUCCUCAAAGUGAAUACUAGAGAGAAGUCACGAGGAACAUGCAGCGACGUCGGAUUCACACUGUGAACAACGUGGCUAAUGCUUCUAAUACGGGUUAUUAUAAAGCAUUAUAUUCAACAGAAUUUACAGAAAACUGAACGGUAUCAGCUAAAUUUAAGGUCUUUGUGUCUUUGUUCCAUCUGGAAUGAAACUAUUGAUGCCUUCAGUACGAUGAAGCUGUUUGGAAACAUCGGUUAGCUACCAGGGUGUUCGGUUGUUUGAUUAUGUUGACAGUCAGAUCAUGCUAAUAUGUAAAUACACAGUAGCUAAUUUAGCUAGUUACCAUGAAUCAUCAUUCUGUUUUUGUUGCAUUUAUGCUACAUUCCAUAAAACUGGAUGGUAAAAGCUGAUAGCAUUUAAUUAGCAUCUCUCCCACAGCCGCAGCAGAAAUGAAAUAUGAAAUGCAUUUCCUUGCACUGAACACCAGGGGGUGCAGUGUGUAGAUUACACUUAAUACAGACAUGAAGAAAAAACGGUGUGGAAAUGACGAGCGACUCCUCCCGACUCUAAUUCUUUGGGUUAGCAACUAGCAUUCCUCACGAGUAUCCAUAGGCUAGCCACUAGUAUUCUGAGGUUAGCCUAGUGUACUCAGGCUAGGGUAAUGACUGAAGUGAGUUUUUCUGUACAGUUGUCAUGAACAAGGAAAUUAGCUGUCCAGACCAGAACAGUUUUUGGGAUGAGGCUGUGGACAUUUCUGCUGCUAAAGACUUUUUUACAUGGAGGGCAGGUCGGUUUAGCUCACUUCUGGAGCCUCAAGUGGACACUGAAGGAAAUGCAGUUUUGUCACUUCCAUGUUCAUUUUUCAGCCCCAGAAGUCAUAGCUUGGGGUUAUUGUUUGCUACAUGGUGCUAACAGGGAACAAAUGUUUGACUUUGAGGGGAUCAUUAUUACCAGGAAAACUGGGAUGUAGAAGUAAGCUAACAGUUGUCCAAGUUUGUUUUAACCUUUAUAACUAAAGUCAAAGAGCUUCUAAGUCACAUCUCCACCUAUCGAUGGCCUCUGCCUGAUUCCUUACUCAUUUUGCUCACAGUGUGAAUGAAAGCUGGAAGCUGCCUUAUCGUCGUGUCUAGUUUUACUGCAGUAGAUGAACAAAUGUUCUGUUCCCUGAAUGUUUCCCGUAACGUUCUCUGUUCCUCAGCCAAGUUUGGUUCGUCCUGUACAGACGAGGUUCAUGUUUUCGAUGGAUGAUGUGCAAUUCUGAUGAAGGGAUGGUUACUUCUUCCUCUCUGGGUGAAACAGAACCAGGUUUGAAAUGUUUCUGUGAUUUCUGAGGUAAACCAACAUUUAGCUCUUUUAAUGAAGUCUUUUUUCCUCCAAAGAACGGCUGAACAGAAAGUCUUUUUGUAAAAUCUGGACGACAGACGCUCAAUGUUUCAAACUGUGGAUGUUUCGUUGAUUUCAGGUCAAUAGCAGUUGUUCUGUUUUUCGUUUGGUUUGUUUUUGUAUCCUCAGGGUGCGCUUGUUUCUGUUCAUCCAGUAAAAGUGGCUUUUGUUAGCUAGAAGGAAACAAGCGCACCCUGUUAGCUGUUCUCCAGACAGCGGGAAGGAAUGUGUGUACAAACGAAGGAGGUCUGAAACUAACAUUCAGCCAAACAGCUUUUCUACUGGUUGGAGAUAAAAAGUUGAUCAGAUCAUCCAGAACAUCCCCCAGUCUGAUUCUAAACCAAACAUACCUUCAUCUUCAUAUUCUCCACCUCUGCUCCUGAACAUCCUCUGUUCGACUGGUUUGGCUCAAGGUUACUUUCAGGUCCUGCAAAUUAAACCAACGAUGAGUAUAAUAUCAUGUUUACAGCUGACUGAUGUUUUAUUUAUUCCAUGUCUUAAACCGUGACCUGUGUUUUAUUGAUAUGCUGCUCUGAUUUGUUCAAUCUGAAGUAAAACAGAUGUCUUUUAAACGA